CUUCUCCUCCAUAUCAACCUACCCUGGCUUUGCUCCCUGGUGAGGCCACUCCAGGCCAGGCCGACACCGGUGCGCAACUCCAUAGUCUACUGAGACUGAUGGAUGCCUACUACUACUAUCGUAUCAGCACUCCGACCUACAACAAAAUCGAGAUUAUCGGUCGAUCGUCCAGUUAAAGUGGUUGGGCUCGCUGCUUCAAGUGAACGAGCGGUUCAUAGAAAGACAAUCUUUGCAUCAAUUGUUUGUUGAUUAAUUUCUCUUCGUUGUUUUCAGUCUUGUUAGUGCAAUGAAAACAAACAAAAGAGUGUAUAAGAGACUAAAUAUCAACGCCAAGACACUGUACUAACACCCCGACCAAGUGCACCAAAAUUCUCUCAAGAGUCUCCGAGGAGCGCUGAGAAGAUGGGUCGGACACUGGAGAGGAGUGGACAAACACAGUGUGUUUGUGUCCUUGUUCUGACGGGUGUCUUAGUGUGUUGUCGUGCCAGCGAGAUCACGAUGGUGCUGGUGAGGAACGACACGGAGGUCGACUGUGUUGUGAAUUGGGAUGAAGAGUACUCCAAGUACUGCCUUGCCAUCCGCGAUAAGGGACAGCCGCUGAGUGGGAGAGCCUUCCGCUGCUUCUUCAAUGAAGAAUUAGUUUAUAAAUGUUCCUCAAACAGGGCAUGUAAAGCUCAGGGGACUCUGGAGGAGAAAGUUGCCCCUGACGUGGCCAAUAAGGGCUGCUCAGGGCUGCCCUUUUCUGACUUCCACGCUGGUCUUCAGGGCACUUACAGGUGCGAGCUCGACAACAGCCCCACAGCCGCCUCCCUGCACGUGGCCUUCUGCACAGAAAGUUCGCAGACACCAACGGAAGUACAGCCAGAGGAGGAGAAGAAGGAGGACACAACAGUACACUAUAAAUAUAUAUAUAUGACCUAUGGAGGAUUGAUAGUGCUGUUCUUCGUAGGCCUUGUCAUCUUCAUGCGUAACUCACAAGUACAGUGUACUGUUCGCGAGAGGCACACACUGGCUGAGGACAACACGAGUGAAGUCAAGAGUCAUCUGGCAGCAGAUCGUGACGAGAAUGAUUCCUAACGUGAGACAAUGAAUACAAUGAAUGCAAUGAUUGCACGCAUUGCUAGUCGUGAUUUGCAUGGAAUGAGUCCUCCAUUUAUAUGUAAAUUUAUGCAAAGUAUUGAGACAGUUUUGGAGCUAUACGGUGGGAUUGAACCACCCACGACACGUUAAAAGAAAUAUGACUACUAUUUUAGUAGUCACAUUUUUUUCUCUCUCUGAAGGGGGGAGGAGUGUUACGACCUCUGGUUUCCAACUAAAGAACCCAGGGCCGUAACACUAGCACAACAACCAGCAGAGCUACUGUAUACUCACGUGAUGGGUUGAGUUCGUUCACAUGAGCUUCCGAACGCCGUGUGGGUUCAGUAGAACUCUGGUUGAAAUUAUUUGUUGGAUUUUUUCGCUGGUAGCGUGUGUGUUGGGAGGUUCAAUCCCACUGCAUUGCCCGCAACAUUUAGCGUUGUUAUAUCACGCAAUAUCAUAUAGCUUAGUAUAUAACCAUUGUUCUCGAUUUACAAUUUUGUGUAAACUAUUCCAUGUUUAUCUCGCGAUUGAAUAAGGUUAACAAUUUGCUUAUUAUUGCUAAGUAUAUAAUCGGAUUUUUUUUUUCUUAGUUCAGAUCAACAUUAUUUUUCUUCUUCAAAUAUGUUUACUAAAAUUUGUAAUUCAAUUAAUUAUUAAAGAACAAAAAAUAAUGAGAUUUAAAUGUUUAUUUAAUUUAGGAAACAUAUAUAUUAUGUUAUGUUAUUUAUACUAGAUAUUUAUGUGGCUUUUUUAGAAAUUAAAAAUUAUUAACUUUAGAACAAUAAGCUUUAUAUGUAUAUUUAGGUCCAAGUAGGAGUAUAAUUUGCAGUGAUAUUUGUUACAUAUGUAUAUGUAUAUGUAUAUGUAUAUGUAUUAAUUGGUUAUGUAUUAUGUUAUGUACCAAUAAGUAUUGGUUAUGUAUAUGUAAAUUUUUUAUGUGGCUUCUCAUUACUUAUGAGAUUAUUGAACUAUUCACAAAAGUGGUGAAGUAUUUUAUGUUUAAUUUCUCUUCCUGGUCUUAAGUUUUCAAAUGUGUGUGUGUGUGUGUGUGUGUGUGUGUGUGUGUGUGUGUGUGUGUGUGUGUGUGUGUGUGUGUGUGUGUGUGUGUGUGUGUGUG